AUGGUUUACAAAGGCAUAUUGUCUGAUCAGCGUGUUGUUGCAGUAAAAAAGUCUAAGGUCAUUGAGCAGUCUGAGAUCAGUCAAUUCAUUAACGAGGUUGCAGUGCUCACUCAGAUAAACCACAGAAAUAUUGUGAAGCUCUUUGGAUGUUGUCUCGAAACCGAGGUUCCACUGCUAGUGUAUGAUUAUGUAUCUAGUGGUUCACUAUCUGAAGUUCUUCAUGCAGAUACAAGAAAUGAUUUUUCUUUGUCUUGGCGUGAUUGCUUAAGGAUUGCCCUGGAAACAGCAGGAGCUCUAUCUUAUCUCCAUUCUUCAGCUUCAAUAUCAAUCUUCCAUCGUGACGUGAAAUCCUCCAAUAUACUCUUGGAUGGGAAUUACACAGCUAAAGUGUCAGAUUUUGGUGCAUCCAGAUUGGUUCCGAUCGAUCAAACGCACAUUGUCACGAAUGUGCAGGGUACAUUUGGGUACUUAGACCCAGAGUAUUUCCAUACCAGGCAGCUGAAUGGGAAGAGCGACAUGUACAGUUUUGGUGUGGUACUGGCGGAGUUGCUUCUCAGAAUGAAGCCUGUUUUCACAAAUGAAUCAGGCACAAUCAAGAGCUUGUCAAACUAUUUUCUCCAAGAGUUCAACGAGGGAAGAAUCACAAGUAUUGCUAAUUCCCAGAUCAUCGAAGAAGCAACCGAGGAAGAAAUCAACACUGUCGCCUCUCUUGCAGAGCGGUGCUUGAGGCUACAUGGCGAUGAAAGACCCACCAUGAAACAGGUGGAGACGGAACUGCGGACUCUAUGGACAAAACGGAUGAACUCAUCUCAGGCAGAUCCAAGGAAUGAAGAACUGAUGCAAGCAGGGUCGUCAACUAGAAGGACUAGAUCUGCUCUGCAAUCGUCUGUCCGGUCAGGAGGUAGCCAACGACGCUAUAGCUUGGAGGCAGAGUUCUUGUCAUCUGCUAGCUUACCACGUUAG